AUGCUGCGCAGAGGCCUCUGCGACUGUAAGCAAGCAUUUGGCAACCGGAAAACUCAAGUGGUUCUCCAGGCUCUCAGUGUCACCAUCGCGCUUGGACUUUGCAUUGCCAGUGUCGUCCUCACGUUUGGACUUUGCAUUGUCGGUGUCUCCUUGAUUUUGGACUUUGCAUUGUCGGUGUCGGCUGUGGGUUUACCCCAUGUCUUCUCCAAUUUGCGUUUGGACUUUGCAUUCCGUUUCGGAGAUACCACCGACUUCGAAACAUUUUCCUUCGACCAAUCCUUGCACAACAAUGAAGAUACUGCCGAGUCCGGGACAUUCUCAAUUGUUCCACGUCUACCUUCUCUGGAUGAUGAAUCACACAUCCCUGCAAGCAACAUCCCACGUUUACCUUCUCCGGAUGACGACUCUAACUCUCACAACUCACUGGAGGCUCGCCUCAAUGACAAAGGCAAUAAUUCAUGCUGGUCAGCACGCAAUCCUGGCCAGCCAGUUAUACCCACACGAGCCAAGGGUGUCCUGCUGACAGACGCAGAAAAGGCUUCACGUGCUCUCAAGGCAACUCAAGGCAAGCAAAAUGAGAAGGCCCUCCAUGAUGCAAUCACCGACUUCAUCAUUGAGCAAUCAAAGAAGGUCGGAGAGAUCGCAAGGUUGCACAACGUCACCCAGGACCAUGUCAAGAGCCUGUUGAACUUCCACACUCACUACAAGAAAUCGCAAGCACCUCAACUCAUGAAUGCGCUUGUUCAUGCCAAGGCAAAGGAACUUAAUGCAGACCUACCAACUGGAAGCAAGUACACCAUGAAGGAAGUCCGCAAAACUUGUCGAAGAAGACCCAAUGUUGCACCCACAUGCAUUGUCACACAAGGAGAAAAAAGGCGCUCAAAACGAGUGGCUCGCGUGCAAACAACAUUGCGGCCAGCGCGAGAUGUAGUAGCAACUACAGAGAAAAUUAAGCAGGAGCUCAAUGGAUUGUGCGAUUGCUGUGGGACGUACACAACAUUCGUGAUUGCAGGCGGGCAUGUGAACAACCAGACACCCGCCACAUGGUAUACAACUGACAAUGCUUCGGACUUUUGGGAAGAUGCGCUGAAUCUCGUGCUGGACAAUGUUGUGUGCAAAUUUGAGCAGUGGGCUUGCAGUCAGGGCAAAAAUAUUGUGGAACACAAUAGUCUCGAGAGCAUGCAAAAACAAGCUGCAAGACUUAUUCUCACUGGUCUUCGUAUGUACCCUACCUUGUCUGGCUUUUCCAUGGUUUACUCUUAG